AUGCUGCAGCUCAAGGUCCAGUUUCUGGAUGACUCCCAGAAGAUCUUCGUGGUCGAUCAAAAAUCCUGUGGCAAAGGGCUCUUCAACCUGACCUGCAGCCACCUCAACCUUGUGGAGAAGGAGUAUUUCGGGCUGGAGUUUCGGAGCCAGGCUGGGCAUCAUGUCUGGCUGGAACCACUCAAACCCAUAACAAAACAAGUAAAAAUGGACCCUGGACAUCUGCGAGAAGAGCUGACCAGGUAUCUCUUCACCCUGCAGAUCAAGAAGGACUUGGCUGUCGGGCGGCUGCCCUGCAGUGACAAGAGCGCCGCGCUGCUGGUGUCCCUCCUGCUGCAGUCUGAGCUGGGCGACUUCCAUGAAGAGAGGGACCAGAGGCACCUGGCCACCCACAAGUACCUGCCCAACCAGGACUACCUGGACAACAAGAUCAUGCACUACCACCGCAAACACAGCGGGAAGACGGCGGCCGAGUCGGACGCGCAGCUGCUGGACGUCGCCCGGAAGCUGGACAUGUACGGGAUUCGCCCGCACGCCGCCAGCGACGGCGAGGGCACGCACAUCACCCUGGCCGUGACGCACAUGGGCGUGCUGGUGYUGCGGGGCAACACCAAGAUCAACACCUUCAACUGGGCCAAAAUCCGAAAACUCAGCUUCAAGAGGAAGCAUUUCCUCAUCAAGCUCCAUGCCAACAUYGCUGCGCUGUGCAAGGACACACUGGAGUUCACCAUGGCCAGCCGGGACGCCUGCAAGGCCUUCUGGAAGACUUGCGUGGAGUACCAUGCCUUCUUCAGGCUCUCCGAGGAGCCCAAGUCCAAGCCCAAAGCCCUGCUGUGCAGCAAGGGCUCCAGCUUCCGAUACAGCGGGAGGACACAGCGGCAGCUGCUGGAGCACGGGCGGAAGGGGCAGCUGCGGAGCCUGCCCUUCGAGAGGAAGCGCCGCACGUCCCGCUACGACGAGCGCCAGGUCCGCUCCUCACCAGACCUCCUCACGGACGUGUCCAGGCAGGUGGAGGAGCUGCGCGCGGCCUACGGCGCCUUCCAUGGCGCCCACGCCUCCGAGCCCAGCCUGGAGGCGGCGGCGUCGUCGUCGUGCGCGGAGCUGCCGGGCGCCCGCGGCGCCUUCCUGCCACCCUCGCGCAGCAGCUCGGCCUUCCCGCUGCUCUGGGAGGCGCCGGGGCCGCCGUCGCCGCCRCCGCCGCCGCUCACGUCCUUCCAGCCGCGCCGCGCCGCCGCCAAGAGCACCUCGGUGGGCAACAUGUGGGAGGCGGCGCGGCCGCCGGGUCCCCCCGCGCCGCCCGCCGCCCCACGCCUCUGCUUCUACGUGGAGCCGCCGCCGCCAGCGCGCUGCCAGGACGGGAGCCCCGGCGAGCGGCGCGGCUGGGAGCAGCGCCCGCGCGAGGCGCCGCCCAAGCGCUCCUGGAGCCAGUCGGACAUGAAGAGCCUGCGCUUCCCCUGYGGCUCCGAGUUCAGGCCGCUGGGGCCCUGCCCGGCGCUCAGCAGCAGCAGCCGCCGCGCGGGCGCGUUCCGGCCCGUGGCGGCCCCGCGGCGCCCGCUCGCCGGCAGCAGCACCGAGUCCAGCGACUCCGAGCCCGAGCCGCUGGCGGCCGAGUGCGGCGCCUGCUACGGGCGGCCGCGGGCCUUGCCCGCUGCCCGCCUGCGCCUCUCCUCCGGCAGCCUCCAGCUGGACGAGGAGGACGAGGAGGUGGCCUUGGCCACCGCGGCGCAGAGGACGCCCUGGGGCGCCGCUGGCUAUUUCACCUAG